CAGUCAUAGCAGUAUUUAGUAAGAGGAAAGGAAAAGCAAGAUCAUUAUCGUUCUUAAGCUCUAGUAGCUCAGAAGCUAUUAGUAGCGAAGAUGAAAGUGAAGUAGAAGAUAAAUCGGUUAAAAGGAGAAGAGAUAGAUCGGUUAAUAAGAGAAAAG